GCCCAUGACAACAUAACCCAAUAUCAAGCAAAUCCUCGACUUGAGCCGCCAUACACAUCCCAAAUCUACGAUAUCCCAACCAUCCAAUAUAUCAGACUGUAAUUUUACGGGCUUUUCGAAUUCUCCAGUGUGCCCAUAUCUCCUAUACUGUUUCAAUCAUGGCACAGGAUCCACGGGUCCUACUGCAGAAGGCAGAUAAAGCGCUCCAAAGCGCUUCAGGUGGAUUCAGUCUUUUUGGCGGACGAACAGAGAAAUAUGAAAAUGCUGCAGACCUCUAUUCACAAGCCGCCAAUGCCUUCCGGGCACAGAAGAUGAAUAAGGAAGCGGGCAUGGCGUUUGAGAAAGCAGCAGCUGUUUUCACCAACAACCUCAACGAACCAGACGACGCGGCCAACACCCUCACUGAGGCGUUUAAAGUAUACCGAAAGGCGGAUCCCGAAGAUGCCGCCCGCGUGCUGCAGGUUGCUAUUCAACAUUACAUUUCUAAGGGAAACUUCAGACGGGCUGCGACCCAUCAACAGAACUUGGCUGAAAUAUACGAGGUGGAAAUUGGCGAUGAAGGACGGGCGUUGGAAGCCUACGAGAAGGCCGCGGAAUGGUUUGAAGGAGAUAACGCGGAAGCGCUGGCGAACAAGCAUUAUCUCAAAGUCGCAGAUCUUGCCGCGCUCAAGGGGGAUUACUACAAAGCCAUCGAGCACUUCGAGCGUGUCGCCAAAUCCUCUAUUAACAAUAACCUGAUGAAAUAUUCCGUAAAGGACUAUUUCUUGAAAGCUGGCAUCUGCCACCUUGCGUCAAAUGACCUCGUCGCCACCAACCGCGCUCUGCAAAACUACCGAGACCUAGAUAACUCGUUUACAGCGACUCGCGAACACAUGCUCCUUGUCGAUCUGGCGCAAGCUGUUGAGCAGGGCGACGCGGAGUCCUUUGGCGACAAGCUAUUCCAAUACGAUCAGUUAAGCAAGCUCGAUAAGUGGAAGACGGCGAUAUUACUCCGUAUCAAGAAUAAUAUCGAAGAGCCUGGAGAAGAUUUUUCAUGAGAUUUUACCUGUUUCGUUGCUGUUCGCCUUUUUCUUUCCCCUCCCUUGACUCAAUUCCGCGAUUUCUAUCGUCCUUUCCAUGUUUUUUUUUUUUUUUUUUUUUUUUUUUUUUUAUCGUCAAACAUUUCCAUCCAUCCUCUCUUACCCACGGAGCCGUUCCUGCGGCUUUAGGUUUCUCCCGUUCCUCCAAUUCCUUUCGUAUUUACAUCUAAGCAUAGGACUUCUGAUCGUGUAGAAGGUUAUCUUUCCCCUCGUUUUCCCUUUACCUUAAUUUUGGAAUCCCAAAGGGGUACAAUAAUAGCCAGGAGGUCUUAGGGUUUUAUGAGGUAGUGUUGCGUGUUAGGUUAGGAAUGACUUUCGUAUGUAUGGGUGAAUACGCCCCUUGUUCUUGUGCGGAUUAUAUCCUCGAUGAUAUAUGAAAUAUAAAUAUUAACUUAAAGGGACAUUUUACAUUUUCAGUCUCCUGUUUAAUUCUCCCAAGUCAGAUGUCAUCAUGAGUUACGACUUUGAAGUAGGGUGAAGGGAACAAAUAUAUGACCUUAAUUUGUCUAGAUUUUGGUAAAUAUCCAGUUAUCAUUCUGUAGCGAGAUCCUUGUCUCCUUACCAGGAUGGCAUAUCAUAUCCAGGGGGUAGUGAGUUGGCUAUCAGUAGAGGAGAAAAGGCACAGAAGAGCAAUCCAUGGUCAAAUUUGAUUCACUUAAAUAUUCUGAUUGUCCAGCUCUCCCUAUUGCUAAAACUCUCUUUCCUGUUCACAAUUUCAGAUUAGACAUCUCCCCUCCAAUUUAGUUUCAUGCGACGCUUUUUCUUUUCUCCACAUUCCUGAGCAAAAAACAAUUUCAAAAGUAGCAAAUACCUCCCAUAGGAACCGUCUUCCCCAUUCGUUCCAACAAGCUGUCCCCAUCCUAAAUUUAGGUAGCCCCCUAUUCAUUUUAAUAUGGCACCAUGAAUUCAGGAUACUCCUUCGCCGCCAGCAACUUAACAACGGCCUUGGUAAUCCCCUUAGUGGGCAGGGCAUGUGUACCCCCGGAAAUAGAGUUGGACGAAGAGGAAAGAGGCCUUCCCAGGCCCAACCCGGAACACCAUUGCGCCUGUGCCUGUGUCUCUGACUGCGACUGUCCACAUCGUUCCCCGAGACUCAUGUCGUAGCUCUUCUUCGCAAUAUACGUGCAGAUUGCCUUGCCAUCGCCUUCAAGGUCAAGAUGAAUAGGGGGCAGAAAUACGGAUGCAUUUGUAGCUGCAGGUUUUGCAGCGGAGGCAUUGUCGCAAGGGGCGGUAGUAGUGGCUAGGCGAGAGCGUAAGUCGUGGAUAUAUUUGUACGCCAGCACAUCGGUUUCAGAACUGGAGUAGGGGAAGAAUGGGAUUAUGGCAUCGACGUGGCAAGUUAGGGAGGACUGUAUAAUUUCGUUUUCUUUAGUUAAGGCUAUAUAUAGCUUUUCAUUAUUCGCUGACAAAGGGAGUUUAGUUGAAUGUGUCUAAACAUACACCAUAGCUUUUUAUGAGGUCCUUUUUCAGCGCUUUGUCUAGUUCGUUCCAGGGCGCUGAGUGUAAUUCGCUCUUGGAGGUGUUUCUUAGAUAUCUUGCGUAAAAAUCGAGUAUUGUGCUCUCACCGUCGGUUACAGAGAGAAUACAGAUGGUUCUCGAGUUAUCGGAGAUGCUACUGUUAGUUUUAUCCCGGUCGGUUUCUGGAGUGACUCGAAAAAAAAGAAGUUAGUUUGGCAUAGCUCGAUAUCAACCUUAAUAAGAGUAGAACUCGGUAGGCUUCGAUUUUGUUGGUUUAGG